AUGGGCGACUCUUGCUACUGCACUAAACAAUGCGAAACUAAAUUUACAGAAGCUGAAAGAAUUGAGAUAUUCAACAAUUUUUGGGGAUUGGGAUCUAAUGAAAAGCGAUGGUUAUUUAUUGUUAACCACUCAAAAAAAAUGCUUAAAAAUAGAUCAAAGCAGCGGGAUUCUAAUUAUUCAUCUCGUGGUGGGUUAGCAGAAGAUGGCGACUCUGGUGCUUCUUCGUCGACAGAUUCGAUGUCAGAUCAAUCCUCUUCAUCGGAUAAGGGAAAGAAGCAUUUCAAUUAUCCAUUAUCACAUGAGUUAGCAGAAGUUGACGACUCCGAUGCUUCUUCGUCGACAGAUUCGAUGUCAGAUCAAUCCUCUUCAUCGGAUAAGGGCAAGAAGCCAGAAGAAAACACUACUAUGAACUUAAUAAUAAGCGAAGUUCACACACAAGCUAACGACAAUUUUUCUGAUGACGACGUCAUUGAAGUUGUAAGGGAUGAAGCACCCAUUGAAAUACUAUCAGACGGUGAAGAAAAUGAACGUGAGAAAAAUAAUCAAAGCCAGGAUACUGAUAUACAAGAUUUUCAUUUUACAUCAGUACCCACUAUUCUAGAAACUCAAAACGAUCAAAGUAUAGACACUACUGUAGAUCCUCUUCUUAGCAACACGGGUUUUGUAAGCUCAGAACAUGAAGCACAUGAUAAAUCGCCCAUAAAAUCCGAUGCAAUGGUUGACGAAACACCAACUAACAAUACCAUCAAUGGAAAUAAAGAUACUGCGGAUCUAACUUACUCUAAUAAUGAUAAAGAUAAUUUUGAACGGGAUAGUGAACAAUCAGUUGACCCAUUGUCAGAGAAAUCAUUAAAACAAUUACAAGAGGUUCAAGAUCUUGAAAAGACUUCAGAAGAGAAAGCUAACAAUGAUUAA